AUGAAAGCCUCCAGACCCAGCGUUGCCAAUGUGGUCACGUCGAGGGAAAUUCGACGACAGCGAAAAAAAGAUAUUGAGGAAAAAUUCGGUAAAAAGAGCGUUCGUAACGAAAAAAUAGAAACCUCUACGACAACUUCGGAUAAUGACGGGUGUAACUGGACCUUUGUGUUUGACCCUUCAGGACGGUUGUGCUAUUGGUGGACCUCCGUUGUUAGUGUGGCUUUUCUGUAUAAUUUCUGGGUGAUCAUUUACCGAUUUGCAUUUCAAGAAAUUAAUUCGGAUAACAUAGGUUUGUGGUUCACUUUGGAUUAUUCCGCUGAUUUUCUGUAUAUAUUGGAUAUUGCUUUCCGUUUCCGUACCGGGUAUUUAGAGGAAGGUGUGUUACAGACCGAUCCGGUAAAGUUACGGAUCCAUUACAUGAAUACGACCAUAUUUUACAUCGAUUGUUUGUGUCUUCUUCCUUUAGACUUCUUAUAUUUAUCUAUAGGCUUUUGUUCCAUUUUACGGUUCUUCCGUUUAGUGAAAGUGUACCGUUAUUGGACGUUCUUAGAUCGCACUGAGCGUCACACGAACUACCCUAACGUCAUUCGGACGCUAACGCUCAUGCAUUACCUAUUGGCACUCUUUCAUUGGAAUUCGUGUUUCUUCUAUGUAGUGGCAACUCGAUUCGAACACGAUCCCGAGUAUUGGAAAUUUCCUAAAAAUACGAAUGACACCCAUUUACAGUAUUUGCAUGCCUUAUAUUGGAGUACCAUGACGUUGACGACAGUGGGCAAUCCACCCAACCCGCGUACAACUGGCGAAUAUUUUUUCACAAUAUUUGAAAUGAUAUUUGCCCUGCUGUUAUUUGCUACUGUUCUGGGACAUAUAGCUAACAUUGUGACCAGUAUCAGUGCUGCUAGAAAAGAAUUCCAAGGUAAGCUGUUUUGUUCAAACAAUUCAUGCACAUGUUUUCAGACUACAAUCUUUCCUAUUUCAAAAGUUUCACUUUCCAACAUGACCUACAUUACUAACCAAUGA